AACAUUUUGUACUAAAUGCAUUUUCAUUUAUUACUUUUUUUUUGGUAUAAUGAUACACAUUUUUAAAAUUUCAGAUGCAUUUACAACUGAUGUUCUGCAUUGGACUGAUCGGUUCAAUUUACUGUGUGUUUGGCCAAACAGAUGAAAAUAGUUGUAUAAAAGCCAAUGCUAAAUCCUGUGGAGAAUGCAUACAGGCAGGCCCCAGUUGUGGGUGGUGCAUGAAUUACACCUUUCUACAAGAAGGAAUGCAUACUUCUGCACAGUGUAAUGAUUUAGAGGCCUUGAAAAAGAAAGGCUGCCAUCCAGAUGGCAUAGAGAAUCCCAGAGGUUCCACAGCCAUCAAGAAAAACAAAAAUGUCACCAACCGUAGCAAAGGAACAGCAGAGAAGCUGCAGCCCAAAGACAUCACUCAGAUCCAGCCACAGCAGCUGGCUCUGCAGCUGCGAUCAGGAGAGCCACAGACGUUUACGUUGAAGUUCAAACAUGUGGAGGACUACUGCCUCAUGGAUCUCUCCUACUCCAUGAAGGACGACCUGGAAAACGUCAAGAGUCUGGGGACAGAUCUGUUGAACAGGAUGAGUUCAGUGAUUUCAGACUUCCGACUCGGGUUUGGCUCCUUUGUGGAGAAAACCGUGAUGCCUUAUAUUAGCACCACACCUGCUAAGCUCAGGAACCCUUACACGAGUGAGCAGAACUGUACCAGCCUCUUCAACUGCAAGAAUGUACUCAGCCUCAUGGAGGAUGGAACAGUGUUUAACAGGCUCGUCGGGCAGCAGCAUAUUUCCAGAAAUCUGGACUCUCCAGAAGGUGGAUUUGAUGCCAUCAUGCAAGUUGCAGUGUGUAGGGGUGAGUGUUCACUGAUCAAAUGGAGGAAUGUCACCCGGCUGCUGGUGUUCUCCACGGAUGCUGGCUUCCGCUUCGCUGGAGAUGGGAAUCUUGGUGGCAUUGUUUUACCCAACAAUGGACAGUGCCACCUGGAAAACAACAUGUAUACCAUGAACUGCUAUUAUGACUAUCCUUCUGUUGCUCAUCUCAUCUAGAAACUCAGUGAAAAUAACAUUCAGACCAUGUCUGGUGUUACUGAAGAGUUUCAGCCUGUUUACAAGGAAGUGAAAAACUUGAUCCCUAAGUCAGCAGUGGGAAUACUGUCUGCAAACUCCAGCAAUGUCACCCAGCUGAUCAUCAAUGCCUACAGUUCCCUUUCCUCAGAAGUCAUCUUGGAAAACAGCAAAUUGACAGAAGGAGUAACCAUAAAUUACAAAAAUUACUGCAAGAAUGGGGUGAAUGGCACAGGGGAUAAUGGAAGAAAGUGCUCCAACAUCUCCAUUGGAGAUGAGGUUCAGUUUGAAAUCAGCAUUACUUUGUUGCAUGGCUGCACCCCAACAACUUCAAAUCAGUGUCCGAAUAAGAAUUCUGAAACCAUUAAAAUCAAGCCUCUGGGCUUCACUGAGGAGGUCGUGGUGGUUCUUGAGUUCAUCUGUGAGUGUGAGUGCCAGGACGCAGGCAUCACGGCCAGUCCCCAGUGCCAUGAUGGGAAUGGCACGUUUGAGUGUGGGGCCUGCAGGUUUGGAAACAUUGUAUUUUUAAUUGCAGGAAAAGGCGUCUGCAAGUGUCGCAUGUGUGAGUGCAAUCCUAACUACACUGGCAGCGCGUGUGACUGUUCUCUGGAUACGACUUCUUGCAUGGCCACAAACGGGCAGAUCUGCAACGGUUGGAGUAUCUGUGAGUGUGGCAUCUGCAAGUGCACGGAUCCCAAGUUUCAAGGGCAAACCUGUGAGAUGUAGACCUGCCUGGGUGUCUGUGGUGAACAUAAAGAAUGUGUUCAUUGUCAAGCCUUCAAUAAAGGAGAAAAGAAGUGAACACAAGAGUGUUCACAUUUCACCAUCACCAAGGUGGAAAACUGGGACCAGCUGCCUCAGCCUGGCCAGGUGGACCCCCUGUCCCACUGCAAGCAGAAGGACGCGGAUGACUGCUGGUUCUACUUCAUGUACUCGGUGAGUGGCAACAAUGAGGCCGUUGUUCAUGUCAUAGAGACUCCGGAGUGUCCCACUGGUCCUGACAUCAUUCCAAUCAUAGCUGGUGUGGUCGCUGGCAUUAUCCUCAUUGGCCUCGCGUUGCUGCUGAGUUGGAAGCUCCUGAUGAUAAUUCACGACAGAAUGAAAUUUGCUAAAUUUGAAAAGGAGAAAAUGAAUGCCAAAUGGGACACAGGUAAAAAUCCUGUUUACAGGAGAGUUGUGACAACUGUGAUCAACCCAAACUAUGAGGGAAAGUGA